AUUGUAAAAUUAAAUUCACUUCACAAUAAAGCUGUUGUUGAAUGCCCUACUAAAUAUGAAUACAAAUGCAGUAUCUUAUAAGUUUCGCCACCCCCUCCCACAUUGCAAGAUGCUGGCAAAUUUGCAAAGUCGCGCUGGCUAUUUAUUGCGUCACCACCACAAAUACGGACAACUACAACAUAAUGUGAGGGCAGCAGCCGCAGCAGCAACAUCUUCCGCUUCCACUUCCACCACCUCCUGGAGGAGAAGUUACGCCACAGCAGCAAAAGAUAAAGCUGAACCGGCCGUAGCCGCAGCGGCAGCUGACGAGCAGCUAACGAUUGGUGAUGUAACCGUAAGGCUGACAAAACCCAGGCAACCGGAGCUGGUGCCGCAACAAUAUGUGCACUAUGCAGCCGAUGGAACGCUGCAGUUCACACAAUCGGCGCUGCACCAUCUGCGCUGGAUGCUGCAGAAGGAUGCACUGAAGCAGGACAUGUUCCUGUUAGGGCAGCCGGGUCCUUUGCGACGCCAGCUGGCGCUGCAAUUUCUGGAGCUUACGCAACGCGAACUCGAGUACAUAGCCCUUAGUCGGGACACCACGGAGAGCGACUUGAAGCAGCGACGUGAGAUCAAGGAUCGGGCAGCCAUAUAUCAUGAUCAGUGUGCGGUACGUGCGGCGUUGCAUGGUCGUGUCCUUGUGCUCGAUGGUGUGGAGCAUGCCGAGCGCAAUGUGCUGCCCAUACUCAACAAUCUGCUGGAGAAUCGCGAGAUGCAUUUGGAAAAUGGCAAAUUUCUAAUGGCACCCGAACGUUACGACAAGCUCUUGGAGACGCACAGCAAGGCGCAGCUGGACGAAUGGGGACUGCUGCGCGUGUCUGAGAACUUUCGCGUGGUCGCUCUCGGACUGCCGACACAGAAAUACAAAGGCACUCCACUAGAUCCGCCGCUGCGCUCCCGAUUUCAGUCUCGUAACAUAGCCCACUAUUCCUACGACGAGUUGCUGCUGCAACUGCAGCGCCAGGCGCCACAAGCCCCGCUCGAGGCCCUCAAAGGACUGCUCUCCUUUGCCCUUACUGUGCAGACAACCGAUGCGACCCUCAAUCUGCCCGACUUUCCGCUCGACAGUCUGCGCCUGGGCGCACAAAUGCUUCAAAACAAUCCCUCGCUGAGUGUGCACGAUGUCAUCUCACGUCUGUAUCCGUACGAGUCUAUGCUGAAGCACGAGCAGAAGCAACGCAUCAAGGAGCUGUUCAAGAGUCUGAAAGUGGACACAGUGGCCAGUAAAUCGGUGCAGCGCAUCGAUAGCCAGCUAGCAACUGCUGGCGAGAAAGUUGAUUUCCAGCUGGAUGAUGUGAAGCUGACGCUUCCAGCCGGCUCGGCAAAGAGUGCAGCGAACGCGCCCAACGAUUUCAUAGAUCUGACACAUCAGCGCAAUGUGCUGGCAAGUCUCAUUCAAUCCUAUGCCGUGGGCGAUGUUUGUCUCAUCGGGGAGCGGGGUGUGGGCAAGUUGACGUUAACUAAGCAAUUGCUGCGCCUGCUCCAACAAUCUGCUGAGCCCAUGAUGCUAUACGAGGACAUGACGUCGCGGGAUUUGGUGCAGCAACGCAUCACCAGCGUAGAGGGCGAUACUGUAUGGCGGGACUCACCGCUCGUCCGUGCCGCCAAGACGGGCUCCGUGGCAAUACUCAAUGGCAUCCAUCGCCUGCACAAGAGCACGGCCAGCGUGCUGCAGCGACUCGUGCAUGACCGCGAACUGCAGUUGUGUGACGGCACUACUCUGCUGCGGGAAGAUCGCUAUCAAGCGCUUUUAAAGCAGGGCCUGACAAAGCUGGAGCUGGCGGAGCGUGGUAUUCUGCCCAUCAGCGAAAGCUUUCGGAUUGUGGCACUUGCGGAGCCGCCAAAGCCGAAUGUGCCGCAACAGAAUUGGUUGACGCCGGAGCUGCUAAGUCUGUUCUUGUACCAAGAGGUGCGUCCGCUACAGCAAUCCGAGGAAUAUGAGAUCAUACAGCAACUUCAUGGCGGCGGUAAGAUGCAUGAGGAUAUGCACAAGGUCAUCGAGUUAGCGCACAUUUUGCGCGCCUCGAAGGACCCGCUGCUGGAGAGCAUGGCCGGCACACUGUCCACCCGCCAGCUGCUUAAAAUUGCCCGCCGCAUGGCAGCCUAUCCGCCCAACGAGAACAGCAGCAACUAUGGAUCUGUCCACGACAUUGUGCAAAACACGUUUCUGGCCAAAUUCAUGCCGGCACUCUCACGUGCUGCCUUGGAGCAGGCCAUUAAGGACGCAGGCAUAAGACAGCCCCCCGCCAAUCAGAAGGUAAGAAAGCAAAUCUCGGUGGAGAGCGAUACGCUUAGGAUUGGCAACACGGAACUGAAACUGGAGGCCACCACAGAGGCGCAGCAGUCGAAGGUGCCCAGUACGCUGUUCUACGAAAUGCCACAGCAUGUGGAGCUGCUGGAGCGUCUGCUGCAGGACUUCAUCAUCGGCGAUCACCUGCUGCUUGUGGGCAACCAAGGCGUGGGCAAGAACAAGCUCAUCGACAAGCUACUGGAGCUGAUGCGAAAGCCACGCGAGUACCUGCAACUGCAUCGGGACACGACCGUCCACAGCCUGACAGUACAAUCUACGCUGCGUGAUGGUCAAGUCAUUUACGAGGACAGUGCGCUGGUGAAGGCCGUGAAGGCAGGCCAUGUGCUGGUCAUUGAUGAGGCGGACAAGGCGCCGGUGAAUGUCACCUGCAUACUGAGGACGCUGGUCGAGAGUGGCGAAAUGGUGCUAUCUGAUGGACGCAAAAUUGUGCCAGCAGGUAGCGACACUCAUUUGGAUGCAGGACAACUCAUUGAGACGCAUCCCAACUUCAGGAUAAUUGUGCUGGCCAAUCGACCGGGCUUUCCUUUCCUGGGUAACGAUUUCUUCGCCUCGCUGGGCGAUGUUUUCAGCUGCCAUGCCAUUGACAAUCCCACACCCGACUCGGAGAUCUAUUUGCUGCAACAAUAUGGUCCUUCGGUACCGACACAGACGCUACGAACGCUGGUGAAUGCCUUCGGGGAGCUGCGCAGCCUCGCCGACGAGGGUUUGCUCAACUAUCCCUACUCUACGCGGGAGGUGGUCAGCAUAGUAAAGCAUUUGGAACGCUAUCCCGAUGAGUCCAUGUCUGAGCUGGUUGGCAACGUGCUGGACUUUGAUAAAUAUCAGCCGGAGGCACUCGAACAGGUCACCCAAGUCCUGGCCAAGCAUGGUCUGCCCAUUGAGGCCUAUGCCAAGAACGAACUCUACGCUCUGCGCAAAAAGAAGGAGCUCCAAUUGACUGUGCAACGCCAUAGUGGGUUGGGCGUUUCGGGUCCCAAGUACGGUAAGACAGAUCCCAAGAAUGACCCCCAUGUGGGAGGAAAUACGUGGGCCGGUGGAAGUGGCGGACGCGACACUGCUGGUCUGGGCGGCAAGGGUGGUCCCUUUCGGCUCGACAAAGGUCACAAGGUGCACCAGUUGAGUGAUGAGGAGAAGAACGAUAUACCCGAGGAGAUUAAGAAGGCAGCACGCGAAAUGAAUCGCAAGGCGUUCGAGGAGAAGCUCAAGGAAAUCAAAAUGUCCGCGCACGACCACCGGCUCUAUGCCCAGUUCAGUGAGCCCAAUCGCAAGCAGGUGCAGCAACUCAAGGCUGUCCUGGAUGCCAUGCAGACGAAGAGCAAGGAGCGACAGUGGCAGAAGUAUCAGACGCACGGAGAACUUGACGAUACCAGACUCAUCGAGGGCAUUACGGGCGAGAAGAACAUCUAUAGGCGACGUGCCGAAGCCAAUCCCUGGGCAGAUCACGUACAGGAGAAGCCCAAUCGCUUAAAACUGGUGGUGGAUGUCUCCGGCUCCAUGUACAGAUUUAAUGGCUACGAUGGACGACUGGACCGUGAACUGGAGGCCGUCGUCAUGGUGAUGGAGGCCUUCGAGAGUUAUGAAAAGAAAAUUGUUUACGAUGUGGUUGGCCACAGUGGCGAGGGCUGGGAAAUUCCCUUCGUAAAUGUGGGCAGCGCCCCCAAGAACGACAAAGAACGCUUCGAAGCUAUACGCUUGAUGCACGCCCAUUCGCAAUUCUGUUGGUCUGGCGAUAGCACCGUCAAAGCCACACGCGAAGCCGUCAAUACUCUAGGCGCCGAAGACGAAUACGAUAAUUCUAUAGUUGUUGUGCUCAGCGACGCCAAUUUGUCGCGUUAUGGCAUUGCGCCCAAAGAUCUGGCACUCGCCCUCAAGCGUGGCGAACCCAAAGUCAAGGGUUAUGUCAUCUUCAUUGGCAGUCUCGCCGAGGAGGCAGACGAAAUUAACGCACAAAUGCCGGCCGGACAUAGCUUUGUCUGCAUGGAUCUGACCAAGUUGCCCCAAAUACUCAAGCAGAUUUUCACUUCGUCGCUGCUCUAAGCCGAGAGACGUCUUCAGGUGCGGUCACAGCUAUAUGUAUGGUAAUAUGUUUCCUGACAAGAAACUGCCACCUAAUCCGCACAAAGUCCUACAAUGUGUUUUCACCAACAAAGCAACCGCAGUCUUAUUUUUUUUUUUCACGCCGCAAUUUCUGUGAAUCUAGAUUAUAGAAAACAAUUGACAAAAUUUGUUCAACAUGUUAGGCAUUAGAUCGUAAACAGUACAAACGAUUAUACGUACCCCAAAAAAGGAACUACCUCAAAUUAAGAUACAAGCUAAUUAAGUGUAAAAAAUUGUAAAAACUAUAGACAAGAUUGUAAAUAUUUCAAUAAGCAAAUACAAAUUGCCAAAACUAAA